UAGGCAGCACCCCAGAGGUCCCGCAGUGCCGGUGUCGAGGACCGAACGGACCCGGUACCGAGAAGAAAACAAAACAAAACGGGACGGUACCGGGGAGAACAUGCCGCAGGUUGACACCGGCUCGGUGUCGCGGGACGGGCAGCGGGGACAGGUCAGCGGCGCAGCGGCGGCGUCCGGAGCCCUCCCGAAGAAGGUGAAGGUGGUGGAGGUGGGGCCGCGGGAUGGGCUGCAGAACGAGAAGAAUAUUGUACCAACAGCAGUGAAAAUCGACUUGAUCAACAUGCUGUCAGAGACAGGGCUGCAGGUUAUAGAGGCCACCAGCUUUGUUUCCCCCAAGUGGGUUCCUCAGAUGGCUGACCACACUGAAGUCAUGCAAGGAAUUCAUAAAUUCCCUGGGAUCAGUUACCCCGUGCUGACCCCCAACCUGAGGGGGUUCCAGGCAGCGGUGGCAGCAGGGGCCAAAGAAGUCUCAGUCUUUGGGGCAGCAUCUGAACUCUUCACCAAGAAGAACAUCAACUGCUCCAUCCAGGAGAGUCUGGAGAUGUUUGAUGAGGUGAUGGCAGCAGCACGGACAGCCAACAUUCCUGUGAGGGGGUAUGUUUCCUGUGUCCUUGGGUGUCCCUAUGAAGGGAAGAUUUCUGCUGCCAAAGUUGCAGAGGUCUCAAAGAAGAUGUACUCCAUGGGGUGCUAUGAGAUUUCUCUGGGUGACACCAUCGGCGUUGGGACCCCGGGCAGCAUGAAGGAGAUGCUGGCAGCUGUCAUGAAGGAGGUGCCAGUGGGGGCUCUUGCUGUUCACUGCCACGACACCUACGGGCAAGCUCUUGCCAACAUCUUGGUAGCCCUUCAGAUGGGGGUGAGCGUGGUCGAUGCUUCCGUCGCCGGCCUUGGGGGCUGCCCCUAUGCCCAGGGAGCCUCAGGAAAUGUUGCCACAGAGGAUUUGGUGUACAUGCUGAACGGGCUGGGCAUCCACACUGGUGUGGAUCUGCAGAAGCUGAUGGACACAGGCACCUUCAUCUGCAAUGCUCUAAACAGACGAACCAAUUCCAAAGUGUCCCAGGCCUCCUGCAGACUGUGACCCUGAGCCAGUUCCUCCUUGGGUCAAAGAAGAAGAAAAAAAAAAGGAUCUGGUGCUGUCUGGGUGUCCCCUCCCUUCUGCAGCCACUGCUCUGCAGUGCUCUUUCCACACUCAGCACUUGAACUGGAAUCUGUGAAGAAAUGUAAAGAAAAAACCUAAGUCUGUGCUCAGCCUUAACCACUUGUCUGAGAGAAGGGAGGACGUGGGGGAGCUGAGGGAGAAGCUGCACCCCCUGACACCAGCUCAGCACAAAGUCUGGUGACAUCUGCCUCAAGAGUGUGUUACCAUGAGCCACCAGCAACCAGGAAACCAAUGGAUCAACCAGGGGAUCAACCAAUAGGUCAACCAUCCCAUCAGCCAUCCCAUCAACCAUCAGAUCAACCAUCCCAUCAGCCAUCCCAUCAACCAGCAGCUUUUCCAGCCAAGGCACAGCUCCAAGUCAAGCUCUCCCCUUCUUCCCUUCUCUCUCCUCACUACAGUUUUUAAGACUGAAAUGGGAAGGGGAAUCCUUGGACCUUCUUUCUUAGCAUUUAGGGGGUGUAAUCAAGGGCUGUAUCUGUUGUAAGAUACUUCUAAGUACUAGGAAUAAUAAACAUUUUAUUUAAUAUUC